GCCCGCUUCCGGGUUAUGUCCGUCCCGUUCUUUUCACGACGUUAGUAUCAUUGCACAUCUACAAAUAUCUGCUCCAGUCCGCAGUUUUGACACUGGGGAAUACACUCCGUCGACAGCCCGCUACCGUAGCGUUGAUUGAACUGGUUCAGGCAUCCAAUUUCCAGAAGUUCUUGGCGGCGCGCUUAGAAUCUCCUUGGAUCUUCGUUUGCUACCAAGCUUACCCUUGCCUUCUUUCACCUUGCAGCAUUUCGCGCGAGCGCUUCUCCAUCAUCAUCAAUUGCGCAACUUCUGCCGCGACCCGCAUCUCAUCCCUUCUACUUCCAGGCGAUCAUCUAUUCAUAGUCUCGUCGCCAUGUCAUAUAAUCAAUACAGCGGCAAUCCUUAUGGCCAGACGGGCGAGAGUGGUUACGAUGCAGGCAAUCGCAUGGAAGGUGGCUACGGAUCUUCCAACCCAUACGGUGGCCAGGGUGGAUAUGGAUCAUCAAACCCAUAUGGUGGUCAACAGCAACAAGGGCGCGUAAACCAACCACCGCUUCAGCACGAAACUUCAAACUAUUCGCAACAAGACCACUACGUGGCAGCAGGCACGCAGCCAGGACUGAACUCGGUGCCUGAACAAAUGGGACCGCAGCCAUUGUCCCGCGAGGAAUACUUGGAGAGGAUCGACAUGGUCAAACAGCAGAUUAACGAGCUCACACACAACAUCUCUGAAAUCGGCAACCUUCACCAGCGCAUGAUUGCCAGCCCUGACAAUUCGUCUAGUGCGAGACUCGAAAACCUGGUGUCUCAAACACAAAUUCUAAAUACGAAUAUCAAGGACCAGAUUAAAUAUCUCGAAAAAGAUGCUUUGCGGAGUGAAGGCAACAAAGUCAAGGAUAGCCAGAUCAGGAACCUGAAAAAAACAUUCCAUGCGCAACUAUUGGACUACCAGAAACAAGAAAACUCAUACGAGCAAAGAUACAGAGAAACAAUCGCGCGACAAUACCGCAUAGUGAAUCCUGACGCGACUGAUGCUGAAGUCGAGGAGGCUACAAAUGCGAAUUGGGGUGACGAGGGUAUCUUCCAGACCGCCCUCAAAACCAAUCGCGUCGGCCAGGCCAACUCGGUCCUUGGCGCCGUUCGCGCCCGCCACAACGACAUAGUUAAUAUUGAGAAGGCCAUGACCGAGCUUGCGACUCUCUUCAUGCAGCUAGAUGAACAGGUCACCUAUCAAGAGCCGCUCAUUCAGAAUAUCGAGCAACAAGCAGAUGCCGUUCACGAAGACACUAAGAAGACCAACGUGGAGCUCAAGAAGGCGACCGAACACGCGCUUCGCACCCGUAGGAUGAAGUGGUGGUGUGUCGGUAUUGUUCUAGUCAUCCUUGCUAUCAUUGGUAUUGUGCUCGGUGUGUAUUUUGGCGCCGUCAAUCCUCCAGGCAACAACAACAACAACAACAACAACAACAACAAUGGCAAUUAGCGGCCAUCGAAGACGGUAAAUACAUGUCACUCAAGAUCAAAAGCGCCAAUAGUAUAUUUGCGUCAGCAGUAUGACCACACAGUGAGGGCCAAUGCGUGGGCAGUAAGAAAAGGCAUGUCAUGGCAGAUUGGGCAAAUGACUUUUCAUAGUUGGGCGUUUUGUGUCUUCAGUGUACACCAGAGGUCUGUACUGGUUUCUGGCUACGUACUGGUUAAUAAUUAAUACCCCUAUCUCUUCGCAUCGCUUUUCCCAAUGCAGUUCUGUAUUGAUGAAGCAUGUCAGACGUCUAAUUCGUAACACCCACGUUCAAUGUGUUGAUAGG